GCCCCGCGGAGCUCGACGCCGCUGCUGCGAAGAUGCUGUUAGUGACGAUCAACAUCCAGGUGCCCCUCGGCUACGCGAGCAUCGCGUACCUGCGCGAGGCUCAGGAGCGCCGGAACGCGCUGCUGGCCGUCGGCCCGCCCUCCAGCGCAGCCCUGCCGGCCCGGGACUACGCGCGCCGCACGGGGCGCUGGGUACUCGUGGUCUGCGCGCCCUACGUCCUGCAGCGCGCGGCGAUGGUCGGCGUCCGCUCGCACGCCUUCGGGCGCUUCCGGCAUUGGACGGAGCGCUCCCUACGGCUCCACAGCCUCUUCCCCGACGGCGGCCUCGCCCUGGGCGCCGUCGGCGCGUCGAACUCCUCAUACUCAACUGCGUCGUGGAGGCCAGCUACGAAAUCGUCGCGAGCAAGCUGCUGGUGCUGCCCGCCAGCGUGGCCCUCGACGUGGGCAAGGCGCAGGUGACGGCCGAGCUGACAUCCCGCGCGGAGGCGCUUCACAGGGAGCUGAUGGAGCUGGCCAGCAAGCGGCGCCGGGUGGAGCUGCACGACAUGAGGCGGGCCAGCCUCUGCGACGGCGGUGCUCUCGAGCGCUCGGCCUGCAGUUCCAGCGGAGCCGUCGCCCCUGUCAGGCCCAGACCCAUCCGAUCCUCGUCCCCGGUCCAGUCAAGUGGGGCCCAAAUGCAAGCCGUUGAGCGUGACCUCACGGAGCCCCCCGACGUCGUCGAGGCCCGCGUGUGCGCGAGGAUCGCCGAGCUUCGGGCCGAGCUGAUCGCGGAGGUGCUGGCGGAGGUGCGCCGGGACCUGGAGGAAAGGGUGGACGCGAGGGUGGCCGCAGCGUGCGCCGCCGGCGCGGCAGCCAGUCAGCAGGCGGGCGAGACUCAGCGCCACGCGGACGUCGAAGAGGAGGAAAAGGAGAAGGAGGACGGGCCGGAGAUCGACGCCAGCGGGCGGGGGUCAUUCUCCAGCACCCAGGUGCAAACUGGAUUGACGAGGGCGCCCGCGGUGCAACAAUUGCAGGGAAGCUUUUGGUGCGCCGCGACGCACAUUGGUUUGCUGUCGGGGGCCCCGUUUCGCCGACGUUGGGCUUGGUUGGGCGCAGGGGCCUUGCUGUUGAUUGUCCAGAGCAUCUGCGUCAUGUCUUUGAUCCAGACCACGUUCAGACCUGGGUGCGUCACCAACGCUGAUUGCCAGAAGUUCAGCGGGGCGCCGCAGUACUGCGCUGAAAGUCUGUAUAUGCCCCAUGCUAAGUGCAGGUUUUGUUCUGGGCUCCACGAGGCCACCGCUCGAUGGCGGAUGCUGGCAUCGACAACGCAACAGCAUUCUGCAUGGAAUAUCCCGAGCAUGCGGCGUGCGACGCAUGCUACGACCCGUUCUCAAAUGGAGACCAGUGGGGAUCCGAUGGUCCGUGGAUGUUGUACGGCAGUGCGUUUUCAAGGAUGA